GUGCGGCCGUAGCGGUUGUGCGUGGAACCGCGUCCCACGAAGGCCGAUUCGGCUUUCUAGUCGCGUUUCCGCUCGUUUCCGCCGCGCGAAAGAGAGACGACGGUGAUCGGCGUGGCGUACAACGAGUGAUCACCCGCGGCUUAGCCCUCCCGUUAUCCGUUAGUCGCCGUUCGUUAUCGCGCGCGUGGUACCCGUGGAUCCAGCCCGACUCCCCUGAUUAUGACAAUGGAUCGUCACGGUUGCACGUAGCUUGCCGAUCAUCUAUUCAUCCGUUUCGUCAACACCUCGCUGUUCGCGAUCUCGUGGGUCUCCCGAUAAAAGUUAGUCGACACACUUUGGAGCAGUUGGGAGGAAGAUGAAGCGAUGGCAGGUGUCGUGAGAAAGAAGGGAACGAGUGCCCUUGUGAUGCUUCUAGGAUGCCUGCUAUUUACUUGCGCUCCUGGAGAAGAGGAUAAUGGGGAAAAGUACAAGGGGAAAUAUCUGGGAAAAUUAAAUCCGUAUCACCAUCAAGUUUCCGGCGACGUCUGGGCCGUGGACCAGUACACUUUGCUGCUGACGUCCUUUAAUUACGACGGCAAUGGGGCCGACACGUUUUUCUGGGCAGGCGCGUCGAACAGACCAGGCCCGCAAGGAUUUAUCGUCCCCGAUGAGUGGGGCAAAACAAACAUACUGGACCGAUACUUCAACAAGGAUUUUACAUUGACCCUGCCGGAUAAUAAAAAAAUAACGGACAUCAAGUGGUUCGCGGUGUACGAUUUAGUGAGCCAGAACACCUUCGGCGAUGUCUACAUCCCGGAGGAGUUUGACCCACCCGCUCCCCAGAAGAUAUCGCAGCUGUCGAAAAGAUCUCACAAUGUUUCGUCAGAGCCCAUCGUAAUCCUGGACUCGAAAACCAUCAGUAUUCCGCAGUUUACCUACGACGGGCAAGGUGUGGACACCUACUUUUGGAUCGGCCUUGGCCCGCAGCCGUCCAGCAAGGGUCAGAAAGUACCCGACGAAUACGGAUACAUGGAUUCUCUUAGGUCAUACAAUAACGAGGAUAUCAUACUGGAGCUGCCAGGCGAUAAGACCGUCUUCAACAUUGACUGGCUGAGUGUUUUCGACAUGAAGACUAAAUCCAAUUACGGUUCCGUCAUUAUACCGGACGGGCUCAAUGUGCCGCCGUCGUUGAUAAAAGUUCUCAAGCAAACCCAGUCCCUCCCGAAUUGCGUCCAGCUGCACAAGCGAUAUCAGGUCGCCUGGGAAAUCUUCGGUCCGCAGAUCACUAUUCAAUUGACAGGUCAAGUCGCCGAAGACGAGUACAUGGCGUUUGGUUUAUCCGGUUCCGAGAGCUCCAGUCGAAUGGAAGGUGCGGAUGUGGCCGUCGCGUAUAUGGACGACACACGAGGAUACGCUACAGACUACAAUAUUACAGCAAAGGCGCCAUGUGGGAAGGUUCUCGGUCAGUACAAAGGAGUUUGCAGAGAUGAGCUUCUCGGUGGUUUAGAUACCAACCAGCUCUACACGGCGGUGAGAGAGGACGGCAUCAACACCAUCACGUACAGACGCACGCUUAUUUCAUCCGACGUUGGAGACAAAGAUUUUCCCACGGAUAAACCGGUGUAUGUGGUAUGGGCCUUGGGUAGGCUUGAUAAAACUAAUAACGAGCCGAGUUUCCACGAUGUGUAUCCAAGAAGCGACGUAGUGCUCGAGUUGAAUCGUAAGGAGCCGGAAAACACCUGCAUCUAUUUCACGGAGCAUAAUAACAAAAUCUUUCCUAGAGAACCUUGGCAGAAAACUGAAAUAUUCGACAGAAGCGUUAGAACUUUCAAAGCAACCAUCGGCCCCUCCGGAGGAAAACAGGGAUACCAGGGUAUUACAGGUAAACCAUCGAUGGGUCUUGCGUGGUACAUUGAAGGCGCGUUAAUUCCCGAGUUAUAUCUACGUCGAGGCUUGACGUACAGUUUUCGCGUUCACGGUGGAAAUAAUCCGCAUAGCGCGGAGCUCUAUCAUCCCUUAAUCAUAACCGACGACCCUCACGGCGGAUACGACACGCUCAGCGAUCUUGCGCAAAGCAAGAUCAGGGUGUUGGCUGGCGUUGAACUGACUAGAAGAGGUCGGCCACGACCGACUGCAGUUGGGCCGCUUUGCUUAAGCAAGCACAACGGUCGAGACAGAAGACUGGACGAUACCUUCCCGUCGUUUAAGAAAUUCAAUCGAACCCUCGUACAAGUCUGCGAGCCAGGGGAAGGCGGCAUCUUGGUAAUUAGCCCAAAUUCAUCGUGGCCCGACCUGGUUUAUUAUCAGUCUUUCACGCACGCAAAUAUGGGAUGGAAGAUUCACGUGGUCGAUUCUUACACGAAGAACGAUGCAAUCGUACACAAAUUAUCGUUACUCAUUGCAAUCGUGACUGUGCUCCUCGGUCUAUUAUAAAGUUGAACGUACGUAAAUCGCAGAAAAAUAUGUUUAUUGCCAAAUAUUUUUUUUACUUUAACGACGCGUUAAGUUAUUUUUAACAAGCUACUCAUUCUUGCAUUUUAACAUGUAUAUAUUACAACAUAAAGACACUAAAUUAUAUGCUGGUUUUAUUGAAUUAAGAAACUAAUACAAUAGUUCCUACAAUAAACUCUGCAUCUCUCACAGAUUUGUACGAUUUUAUGAUAUCUGGAUCCAUUUUAUACUUUUUUCUCGUUCCCAUCACUAUAAAAGGAACAGUUAGUUUAUGUCAUAUUUAAAGAAAUAUUAAUUUAUGUCAUAAAAAAACGAAAGCAAGACCAGAUAAAAUAAAAGAAGUUUUCAAAUUGUUGUAAUAACUUGUUUAUUUCGUAUACCAUUAAUUAGUUUAAUAGGAUCGUGAGCAUACAAGACAUACAUUACAUACGCAAUGCGUCAUGUUCAUUAUCGAACAGCGAGGAAAUCGAUAUAAGCUGCAAAUAUCUUUUCGCUUUACAAAACUUUCGCAGAUGCAGAUUGCAUUGGGGUAUACAAAAACAUAUCAUUUAUCUCAAUUGUGUAUUUAUACAUACAUGUAUAACGCGCAACACUCUUAUUCUCAAUUAAUAUUUUCUCGUUCACAUAUAUUAUGUAAUUAUAUACAAUAAGUUUUUACAGUUCUCGUUAUUUUUAUUGACAUCUCAUAUGGUAUAUCCUUACAUUUCUAAAUAAAAUGCUGAAGUACACGGAAAGCAAAUUAAUUUUUUUUAAAUACAAUAUGAAUUAAAUUUUUAAGGCUUGUUCAAAUACUACUGAUGUUAUUUUAGUGUUUCUAUGUAAUGAUAUCUUUAUCAGCGUUCAGUUUUUAUAAUUGUACGUGUAUUAACUUCGAUAUUGCAAUAUCGCAAAAUCAACGUUAUGUAAAAAUUCGUUAGCUUUUCAGCGCUUCAAGAUUAUUAUUUUCAUAAUCUUCACGCUGUAGAUCAUUUAAAACAAUUUAAAUUACAAAGCGUGCUUAAGGAAACAAAUUAUACACAUGAAAAGCAUGCAAUGAAAUAGCAAGCAAAAUCGCGUAAAGCCUUAAUAAUAAUUAGGAUUCGAAUGUUGAUAAAUAAAUGACCCGAAUAGCAGUAAUAAAAUGUGAUUACAAAUUUAAUAAAAACCUACGUUAAAAAUCAUUUUUUUAAUUAAUAUAUUGAACUCAAAUUU